AUGGGGAUGGGAAAGGUCAUUCACGACCUCUACUCUAAUGUCUUCGACAGUCCUCGUCCACUUGCCUCCUCACCAUCUGAAGGAAGAUGGACGUGUCAGUCCAAUGGUCCUCCCUUCCGAAGCCAUGACAUGAUGUCGGUGAAGAAUCGUACUCCAUCCGGUUCCAACAGAGUUAAGCCUGAACCUCUAGAGUACCUACCGCCAGUCCUCAUCAACUCAGUGGCGAGGCUCUUCACUCGUUAUUUGUCGGAAUACACGUUUCCCAAGUAA